AUCCCCAAUCAAAAUGGUCGAAUCAUCUAUUACAUUGGCUUUUUCACGGCUCAAACAAUUGGAUUGGCAAAAAUGUUUCCAUAUGUUUCACGUGGAGCCCAUUGUUUUCCUGUUGGUCUUCUCACACAGUCUCUCAGGUACUAUCAUGCGAAAUGAAAUUAUUUAUCAGGCAUGUACAGCUGUAUUCGAAUAUAACGAAACCGAUUGUCAACUGUUGGGUACGAAAAAUGUUAGCGGCUAUUUACAAGAAAUUGAAACGGAGGUCCAGCCAUACGUGGCAAAUUUGUUCAUGAUACGAACGCUAUUGGAGAGUAUUGUACCGGCAUUUUGCGGCGUCUUCAUUGGCUCGUGGUCAGAUCAUUACGGUCGUAAACCCUUGUUGUUAAUAUCGAUGAUAGGAUUUUCUGGAACCUAUAUUAUUGCCGCUGUUAUACGUGAACUAUCUCAACAUUAUAUCGUCAAUCCAUGGUAUUAUGUUUUGGCUGUGGUACCACAUUCCAUACUGGGCGGUAAUUGUGUAUUUUCGGUGGCGGCAUUCUGUUAUAUAUCGGAUGUUACCGAUACCAAAACUAGACCCUAUAGAAUGAUCAUAUUGGAAGCCUGUUUAUCGAUUGGUUUAAUGGUUGGUUCUCUAAUCUCAAGUCAUGUUUAUGAGGCUACAAAUGCAACAAUAACAUUCUCAAUAUCUGCCAUACUGAUGUGUCUAACAACAGCCUAUAUUGCAAUUUAUGUACCGGAAAGUUUGAAUAGUGAGGCGGUGGAAUCAAAAUCUUCAGCAGGAAAUGAUACAAAAGAAGUGGUGGCGGCGGCAGUUAAAUGCAAUGAAAUACCAAUGAACUGCAGCAUAAUAAGUGAAAAUAUAGCGAAAACAUCAGAUAAUGAUAAGAAUGAAAAAUCUACCAAAAUUGAAGAUAAUUUCCAUGAUGUGGAUUUAAAUGGAAAUGAUGAGAGCAAAUCAAAAUCUCACAAAGACGAUGAAAAUUCUAAAAAUAUUAGCAAGGAAGAGAAACAAGAAAAUGAUUAUAACAAAGCCAAAUCUGCUGGUCUCUUCAGUUAUAUUCACAUUAAGGAAAUGUGGAAUACAUGCUUCAGGGAACGUCCCUAUUAUGAUCGUUGUAUUAUUUUGUUGGUAACGGGUGCCAUGUUUUUGGCCAUUUUCGUUUUGGAUGGUGCCAUGACAGUAUUUUAUCUGUUUGUACGAGAAAAAUUCCAAUGGACUGUUAGAGAUUUUACCUAUUAUGAGACAAUAAGUCAUGUUACCUCAAUGUUUGGUGCACUGGUGGGAUUUUUAAUUUUACGAAAGGUCUUCCGCAUGUCCGUGGUUACAUUGGCUCUAUUAGCAUUUUUAAGUGAUAUUUUCCGCAGUGUCAUACAAGGUAUGGCAUACGCUCCCUGGCAUUUAUAUUUGGCAAUAGCAGCAGGUUCUCUGAAGGCUGUUGGUGGACCCAUGUGUCGCACAAUUGUUUCAAAUAUUGUUCCGGCCACAGAUUUGGGUAAAAUAUUUUCCAUUAAAAACAUCCUACAGUCGUUGGCGCCCUUUGUUGCUGCUCCCCUUUACACUGUGAUCUAUAAGGCUUCAUUGACCACUUUCCCUGGUCUGUUUAAUGUUGUCAGUGCGGCGUUAUAUUUUAUUGCAUUUUUAUUUAUAUUAGUUGUAUUCCGUUUUAAGGUAACCUAUAAGGAUCACUAUGGCAAAAUGUUAAAAUAA